AUGGGAAAGAUACGCAGACUGCUACGGAAUUGUCGUUUCCUGCGGCAAGCACAGACGUUGGAACCCUUCACAUUCUCCCACGGAGAGGCAUUGAGAACCGAUCUCUUCUCGUCUGCGGCCUCUUGUAAGUUCCCCACAUUUGGUACGAUUCACUUCUACAAGCACGGUGAGAGUCCGGCCUGCGAGUUGCAGGUGGAAGGGUUAAAGGCCAACUUUAUGAGACUCUUGGACGACAUGCUUGAGGAGAAGGUCAGCGACCUGGCCUUGCGAGAUCCCGUAGUAGCCGCUCCGGGGGAGACGAUCCGCCAGAGCAUCGAGAAAAUGCGGGCACGACGCAUCGGCUGCGUGAUUGUUGUUGACCAGCAGAACAAGCCGGUGGGGAUGUUUACCGAAGCGAUGCUGCGGCAGAUGCUAACCCAGCGCCCUGGCCUGCUCGACGAGCAACUCGGCGACCAUGCCACCGACGAUUUCGCCUGCGUGAAGGACAGUGACCCCAUCUACUACGUGCUGGAAGGCAUGCAGAGCAAGGAUGUCCGGAGCUUAACGAUGCCUGAGAAUAUCCCCAAAGACGCCUCGCCUGAAGAUUUUGAGGAUCCGUUAGAAAACUACGAUCCGAAGACCUACGAGGACCCUCUCGAGAAGGCUCUGGCCGAAGAGAAGGUCUCCUCGAUCCAGUCGCAUCCAUACGCAAGUAUCUCCCCCGAUGCCACCAUUCAAGACGCACUAGAGAAGCUUGGUUCGCUGCAGCAUGCCUGCCUUCUGGUGGAAGAGGAUGGCAACCUGGUUGGCGUCUUUUCCGAUCGCGAUGUGCUGAAGAAAGUGGCCCUGGAGUACGACCAGGUCAAAGACCGCCCGGUGCGGGACUUCAUGACGACCGAUCCCGUGUAUGUGUACGAAACCGACUCAUCGGCCGCGGCACUCACGGUGAUGGCCGUGCUGGGAUUUCGGCACGUGCCGGUCCUCGAUCUCGACGACAACGUUGUCGGGAUUAUCAGCCCUCAACGCGUGACCGGGACGGGACGUUCUGUAUCUCGAGCGUUUCAGGUUAAACUGGAGCGUUUCGCGGACCGGGGCUUAUCAGCCCACGAACCCAAGGGCCUGGGGUGUUUUUUUGACAUGGUGCGUUGCGUUGAGCUAACGCUGACUUUGCUGGCGAGCAUGCUCGGCGCCACCAGUUUCUCGAUCGCCGGUGAGGCGACUGGCGAGAUCGACUUUAAUCGGGACAUCCGUCCGAUUUUGUCCAACGCGUGCCUGAUGUGUCACGGCCCUGACGAAAACGAACGGCAGGCCGGGUUGCGGCUCGACGUUCGCGAAAGCGCCCUGGGCGAGGCCGACUCGGGAUCCAGGGCCAUCGUGCCGGGCGACCUCGAACAAAGCGAACUUAUUCGGCGAGUGUUGUCGGAAGAAGACUACGAGCGGAUGCCGCCAGCCGAGAGUGGGAAGCCGCUUACCUCGGCUGAGGUGGAACUUCUCAAGAAGUGGGUCCAGCAGGGAGCCGCCUAUGCGGAGCAUUGGUCUUAUGUGAAGCCCCAACGUCCGGCACUGCCCAGCUUGAGUGAUGCAAAUGCGGAGUUGACUGCCUGGCCGAAUAAUGAGAUCGAUCAUUUUGUCCUCGGCCGGCUUGUGGAGGAGGGCGUGCAGCCUUCGCCCGAGGCGGAUCGCUACGCACUAGUGCGACGGGUAUCGCUCGAUCUCACCGGGCUGCCUCCCACGGUGGAGGAAGUGGAUGAGUUCGUGAACGACACUGAGCCGCGGGCGUACGAGCGCAUGGUUGAUCGCUUGCUGGCCAAGCCCGCCUAUGGUGAGCAUUGGGCCCGGCAGUGGCUCGACCUGGCCCGUUAUGCCGAUUCGGCUGGCUACGCGGACGACCCCCCGCGGACGAUUUGGGCCUAUCGCGAUUGGGUGAUCGACGCCUUGAAUCGCAAUCUUCCGUUCGACCAGUUCACGAUCGAACAAAUUGCGGGCGAUAUGUUGCCGAAUCCGCUCGACAGCCAGCUUGUGGCCACAGCCUUCAAUCGCAACACAAUGACGAACAACGAAGGCGGCACAGACGACGAGGAGUUCCGCAACGUGGCGAUCGUCGAUCGGGUGAACACGACGCUGGCCGUGUGGAUGGGGACGACCAUUGCCUGUUGUCAGUGUCACGAUCACAAGUACGACCCGAUAUCGCAGCAGGAGUACUUCCAACUCUUCGCCAUUUUCAAUAACACCCAAGACAACGAUCAACGGGCGGAAACACCGUUGCUGGAUGUGUGGUCGGAUGAGCAGCGACAUCGGCGCGAGAAACUCAAGCAGCAGAUCGCCGAAUUGAAGCAGUCGAUUGCUGCCCCGCCGGCAGAAGUGGCCUCUGAACAGCAGCAUUGGGAGGAGCACUUCUUCGACGAGCCGGCCUGGCAGGCGAUGCGACCUGCUGUGGUGUCCACCGAUUCGGGCACUGGAGGGGCGAUCGCUGAAGACAACACGAUCGUCGUUGCGGAGACGGCCGAAAACGAUAUCUAUCGGCUUGAGUUCCCAAUCGGCAUUGAGAGUGACGACCCGGUGACGGCGCUGCGGAUCGAGGCGGUGCGGGAGAAUUCCGCUGCGGGGGAAGAGCCAGCCCGCUACAUUCGCAUAGAGAAUACCGGCAAACAGAAGAUCCUGUCACUGGCUGAAGUGCAGAUCUUCGACGGGCCGCGAAACAUUGCGAGUGAGGGAACCGCCAGCCAGAGCAGUACCGGUUUUGGCGGUGAGGCAGCCCGGGCCAUUGAUGGAAACACCGAUGGUGAGUACACGGCCAACUCGACCACCCAUACGAGCACGGAAGACAACCCGUGGUGGGAACUCGAUCUGCAGGCGGUUGUGCCGAUCGAGCGGAUUGUGGUUUGGAAUCGCACCGACAACUCGCUGCACACCCGGUUGAAAGAUUUCACGAUCACGCUUCUAGAUGCGGAACGAAAAGAGGUAUGGUCCACGGUGAUUGCCGAGCCGCCGAACCCGAGUGGGCAAUAUGCCGUGAGUGGGGUUCGCGAGUUGGAGUUCGCCAAGGUCUACGCCUCUCGCAGUGAGCCGGGGCUAGAGGCCGUCAACGUGCUCGACGAGAAGUUUCCCAACGCGACCGGCUGGGGGACGUCUACUGAAGGCGCCGAGAACGCCUCACUGACGCUCAUCCCGCGAACGCCGAUCUCCGGGCCGCCGGGUUCGGUCUUGAAGUUGACCAUCGAGCAGCUUUCGUCGAGGAAAAAUCACACACUCGACCGCUUUCGCGUUGCGGCCACUAACGAUACUUCAAUCAGACGCCACGUCGAAACGCCUGAGAAGAUCGUUUCUCUUCUGAAAAAAGCAGCUAGUACACGAAGUGACGCAGACCGGGCAGAACUCCGCGAGUUCUAUUUGACGGUUUCACCGCGACUCAACGCGAUGCGGCGAGAGGCGGAAGAUGUUGAAAAGAAGCUCGCUUCGCUCAAGCCAACCACGACGGUGCCCGUCAUGCGGGAAAUGGCCGAAGAUCAACGGCGUACGACACGAAUUCAGCGGCGCGGCAACUUCCUCGACCAGGGCGAUGUUGUGGAGGAAGGAGUACCUGCUGCGUUUCAUUCGUUACCCGAGGGAUCCACGGUCGAUCGUUUGGCGUUGGCCGAAUGGUUGAUUGACGAGGACAAUCCGCUCACGGCUCGAGUGAUUGCCAAUCGAUACUGGGAGUCGAUCUUUGGGCGGGGGAUUGUGCUUACAAGUGAGGAAUUCGGCUCGCAGGGUGAAUUGCCGAGUCAUCCAGCACUGCUCGAUUGGCUGGCCACCGAGUUGCAGCGUCUUGAUUGGGAUGUGAAGGAGUUUCUGAAGACGAUUGUGAUGUCGGCCACGUAUCGUCAAUCGUCGCAAGUGACCGAAGAAUCGUAUGCCCGCGAUCCUGAGAAUGUUUUGCUAGCCCGAGGGCCGAGGUUCCGCCUGCCGGCGGAAACGAUCCGCGAUCAGGCGUUGGCCGUGAGCGGAUUGCUCAGCCCGAAGAUGGGUGGUCCCUCGGUGAACCCUCCGCAACCGAAGAUGGGGGUGAACGCAGCAUUCGGGGGUGGUAUCGACUGGGAAACCAGCGAAGGUGAAGAUCGCUACCGUCGUGGGCUGUACACGACGUGGCGGCGUUCAAACCCCUACCCCUCGAUGGCCACGUUCGAUGCCCCCAACCGCGAAGUUUGUACGAUCCGACGGGCGACGACGAAUACGCCUCUGCAAGCCUUGGUGACGCUGAACGAUCCCGUCUAUGUCGAGGCCGCUCAGGCCCUGGCCCGGCGGAUGAUGAACGCCGGGUCAACCGUGGAAGAUCGUGCAUUGCGGGGGUUCCGCAUCUGUCUCGCCCGACCUCCAAGUGACGUGGAGCUUGAGCAGUUGGUUCAGCUCUAUGAACAAGCCUACACCCAGUUUGCUGUUGACCACGAACAGGCACGAGAGUUCAUCGCCAACCCGGUGAAUGCACCCCCAGAGGAUGUAGAUGCCGCGGAACUGGCAGCUUGGACGGUGGUUGGCAAUGUGUUGCUGAACCUGGAUGAGAUGUUCAUGAAACAGUCGAGCAUGAACUACACGCAGCGACAACUUCAGCACCUGACGCGACGCUUCUUCCUGAAGCAGACCUCGGCCGGGAUUGGCACCGUGGCGUUGGCCUCGCUGAUGGGCGUUGGUUCUGUGCAAGGUAGCGACAGCGUGGAGAACCCCCUGGCGCCGAAGCAGCCACACUUCGCGCCGAAGGCGAAGCGGAUGAUCUAUCUGCACAUGACUGGUUCACCGCCGCAUCUCGAUUUGUUCGACUACAAACCAGAGUUGGUGAAACGCGACGGACAGGAUUGCCCUCAGGCGUUUCUGGAAGGCAAGCGGUUUGCGUUCACCUCCGGCACUCCGAAGCUGCUGGGUACUCGCCGUAAGUUCUCGCAACAUGGCGAGGGUGGCGUGUGGAUGUCGGACGCGGUGCCGCACUUUCAUGAAGUCGCCGACGAGAUGUGCGUCAUUCGGUCGAUGAACACCGACCAGUUCAAUCACGCCCCGGCCGAGCUGUUUGUGCUGACAGGUUCGCCCCGUUCCGGGCGUCCGUCGCUGGGCACCUGGGUCACCUACGGGUUGGGCACCGAGAACGAAAAUCUGCCGGGGUUCGUGGUGUUGAUCUCCAGCGGUGUUCAGCCCAACGGCGGGCAGAACUCUUACGGCAGUGGGUUUCUGCCUUCUGUGUAUCAGGGUGUGCAAUGUCGCUCGACCGGCGACCCCGUGCUUUACGCUUCUGACCCCAAGGGAAUGGACCGCAACAUGCGGCGGUUGAGUCUCGACGCGUUGGGGAAACUUAAUCAACUGCAAGCCGAAGAGUUAGGCCACCCCGAGACAUUGACGCGAAUCGCCCAGUACGAGUUAGCGUAUCGCAUGCAGAUGUCGGUGCCCGAGGUGAUGGAUAUCUCCCGCGAGCCGGCGCACAUUCUCGAGGCGUACGGUGCCGAGCCGGGCGGGGCGAGCCUGGCGAACAAUUGUUUGCUUGCCCGACGUUUGGUCGAGUCGGGCGUGCGAUUCGUGCAGUUGUUCGAUUGGGGUUGGGAUUUCCACGGCACGGGGGCAGACACCGGCAUCCGCGACGGGCUUACUAAGAAGUGCGCCACGAUGGACAAACCCGUGGCCGCACUGAUCAAAGACUUGAAGCAACGUGGAAUGUUGGAAGACACGUUAAUCGUUUGGGGUGGUGAAUUUGGCCGUACCCCCUUCCGCGAAGGUCGCACGGCCGAGAGCAAAGUGCUGGGCCGCGAUCAUUUCCCCGACUGCUACACCAUGUGGAUGGCCGGUGCCGGAGUGAAGGGCGGUAAGAUGCACGGCGAGUCGGACGAACUGGGGUUCAGCGUCGCCCGCGAUAAGGUUCACGUGCACGAUCUGCAGGCCACGAUCAUGCAUCUGCUAGGGUUCGAUCACGAGCGGCUCACGUAUCGCUUUCAGGGCCGGGACUAUCGCUUGACCGACGUCCAUGGGCAGGUGGUCAAAGAGAUCCUUGCCUAG